AUGGAGGAGGCUUCUUCACUUAUGUCUCUGACGUUAGAGGAGAGUUUGUACCUAUUUCACCACUUAUUUCUUCCGCCAAAGCUUCCACAGGCAGAUGAUUACAACGCGAGACAUGAAAACCUUCUGCUCAACAGCGUCAUUGAUGCACUCCGCAGCUUCAGUGGUUAUGUUCUGACCGCAGAUGAUACUGUUAUGCCUAGAGUCAUUGAGAUGAUCACUCGCCUGAGACAAGCGCAUAAUUCUUACGGUGAAGUUGAUGAAGAGCAGCUCAUGAAGAGUCUAACAGAGCUGCCAAUUCAGAAUGGUUUUCUACCCAUUCACGUCCGCGAGCAGAAUGCGGGCAUCCUCUUGAGCUGCCAGCGUGGUGCGAUACAAAUAGAGUGCUUUGAAGUAUCAGCUCGCAACGGGUCGGUUAUGUCAACAGUGGGCCGGCUGCGCCGUGAUUUCCCAGGCCCUGCCAUGCUUAUGGAUAGGAAUACCUUUGAUGAGCCCGGAUUUCGAGAGAUCAUGGCCCAAACAAUCGCACGGAUGAGUCACCAGCCAGUUGCUGGAACCAAACCAAAGGUCAAGAAAGCUCAAGAGGAGCACGAUGAGGACAGGGAUACCACACAUCCAAAAAUGGUGACGGAGCUGCUCAUGUCAAUCCUCCGCCCUCGAUGUACCGAUGUCACAGCUGCACAAAUUUCAAAGAAUACUCGCGAUGAAGUGAUGUGGCUCAAUUGCCGAUCGCCAUGGCGCCGAUCCCCAUUAUGGCUUCUGGUACGCGUAAUCCUUCAGUUGGCUUUUCGCAGGUUGUCUAAAGAAGAGGGCUCAGAUGAUCUGUAUAAAGAAUUCAUGAUAUUCUUUUUGGCCUUCAUCGUUGGUAGAGUUUCAAAUGCAAUGCGCUCAGAAAGUCAUUUCCUCAUGAGCGCUAAGAUUGUUCGCCGACUGCUGAAGCUUGACUUGGCAAAUGAGCCAGCCUGGUUCUCGUCGGUUCAGGGGAUCUUGAGACGCACAACUGGUGUCAUUGAAGGCCAAUGGAAAACUAUCAGAAGCCAAGAAACCAGUAUUGUUGAAAUGGCUCCGCUGUGUGAUUUAGACUUUCGUCAAGAUAUCCAAUGUGCGCUCCCUUGCCUUGACCGCUACCUCAAGAGCAUAGAAAAACGAGGCAACAAGCGCCUACGCGGAGAUGAUUUCCUGCCACAAUCGAAGCUCAUCACAUACCAACAAGCAGAGCUUCCGUAUUGCCUUGAUUGCCACGAUUCUGACUACAAAGCGUACAACCUUGCUGCCUUCGAGGAUUGGGUGGCUUCGUGUCUCAAUGCAUGGAUGGAGGUCCACCAGGGUGACGAGGCAACUUGCGGUAAACUUGGCGCUUUAAUCACUAAAUACUUUGAGCGAGCCUCUUCGUUAUACUCAGAUAACCCAGAAGCCAUAUCAGUUAUGCUUCUCACAAUUUUGGAGCUUUGGAUUGCCUGUGACAAAUCUGCCAGUCACAUCCAUGAUAACUUGAGAGAGUAUGAUGCAUAUAUACCUGUCGACUGUUUCCAAUCACUCUUGCUGCCUUUUCGAUCACAAAUGGCGAGACUGGCUUGCGCUGAAGAGUACCUGAGUCAACGUCAUGCUCACCUCAGACGUCAGAAUUCGAAUGUUUUCCAUGAUUUCGGGACUUCAAACUGUUUCGCUGUUCGAUACUUUGAGCAGUCUAACGAGCACCAGCAAUUACUUGCAACCAUUGAAGCACAUGCCGUCCAAGAAAGGGCGAGAAAAAAGGUCGAGCUUCGGGAGAAACAACAACGUUACAAAGACCUGAUGCAAAAAGCUUCCGAGACGGCAUGUCAAUACAACGAAGUCAUUGUGGACAAGAGAUUCAGUCUUCGAGAACGUGUUCACAGCGAUUAUUGCCCCAAAGAGAACUAUGUGAGAGAGGCCAAGUCUAUUGGUAUUAGUAUCCACGAGUGGCCUCUGCCGACUGAUCCGUUGAGGGCUAAAUCCACCGUUUUUGAGCUUAGGGUACCCGAACCUUUUGCAAGCUGGCGUGACAUCACCGUAUUCUUUUUGCACAACUGCUUAAACUCAAAAUACACGAUGGAAGAGAGACCAAGAGCAGUGCACCGUCCAGAGACGUACCAAGGUCUCUCUUCGUACUCAAACAAUCACGGACGAAACCAGCGAAUUAGUCUUCUUUCACAGGAAAAGCCUCACGAUAGAACUCACCGACGCGACAAAUUGAUAGUCAAUGUGGCCGAGAAUGAUGUCUGCCUCAAAAACGGACUGAAUUUCCGAUUCUACGACAAUACUUUAGCAUGUUUUGUAAGCGACUUGAACAGGACAGAUCGAACAGAGAUUUCCUGCACCUAUAAGCUCCCACCGUACAGCUCAAAGCUGCAAAGAUAUAUGUUCCGGCCUGCCAAUGAUCCAAAUGGCCCGUCACCGAAUACUGUCAUUGCGACACAGUGUGAUGCCCCAGCUAACAUGUCCCUGGGAGAAUAUAAGGCCUUAGCAAUCAUGCCUCUUGGACUAGAGAUUCAAUGGCAGAAUAUUCUGAUAGAACUGGCAAUGCCAUCGGUGGACAUGAAGAAAGUCGAAACUGCAAUAUUUAUGCACCAAAUCAUCAACCAAGUGGGCCCAUCAAAAGCAGGCACAUCUUUGAGACAAGGGCAUGCGAUUUUGUGCGACGAUGAAUUCACCCUGAAUAUACUGUCCCGAAUCAACGAGACCAUGGGGAGGAUUAAAGAUAAUUGGGAGACUAUUCAUGGGUUCAACAGUCUCAUCCGCUUGACUUCAAAGAUUCUGUCUUUGUCUCCUUCCCAGAAAGUCCGUGCGAUGUGCCUCGAGUGCUUGGGAAACCUCCGCCGCUCUGCUUUCCACUGGGUCAAGCUUGUCAAAACGAAGGCUAGUGAGACAAUUGAUGAUACUCACAAAAUCAGUCUUGUUGCAAAGAGCGUCCAUAUCGCAUUGGUCUGUGCAGAGACAUUCAAUGUGGAGAAUAUCGCCCCAAUGUUUGUCGACUAUUUGGAUAUUUCGAUCUUUCUGCAGUGCUCUUUGGUCAUUUGGAACGGACGGAACACGUUGACAACGCAACCAGGCUCAGUGCUUCAUAUUUUGUACCAUCGGUGGCAAGUUCUGAGUUAUCGGAGUCAUGUUGUUCUCGCAGAGAGCAUCGUUCAGCGCAAGAACCCGGGAAUGGACAUGGCAAUAAAAGCAGCCUGGGCAACGUACGACGUUACCUCGAAGUGGUCGAAGGUAUCGAAUGACGUGAACUAUUGGUUGCUUACCCGAUUGUCAGUCCCGUCAGAGCCUAAUGAAGGAAUGCUGGUGCAUUACAACCUCUUGACGGGCGAGCUGCUUGUGGAUGGUCUCCCGCUUGCGCGCCUGCCUUCUGAUUAUGAAUCCCACGAAACAUAUCGCACUUUGUUCGGGAAAUCCCAAUUGGAGGUAAUGCCAAGCAACUCACCAGGGAUGCAAUUUUCCUGUCAAACACAGUAUUUGGAUCAUACUGUACAUGUCGGAAAAGAGUAUGAUCCGGGGUUGACCAAUUUUGACUUGACAAUCAAGGCAUCAAAGAAUGAAAAAGUCUGGCAACUUCUUCCGUCAAGGCUUUUUGCUGGAGAUUUUCCAGAUGACUUUGUUGAGAACUACGUGCACUGGUAUUCAGUCACAGAUGACCUUGUGGAAUUCCGACCUGCCAAAACCCCAUGGCUGACAUCUAGUCAGAGCUGGCGGCUCCAGAGAAGCUCUUCUCAAGUUACCUGGAGUCUUCAGAGACAAGGGACGGUUUUAAUCAGCGCCAUAUCCAAAACGGCCACUGUGCUAUCAAAAGUCUUCUUGCCGGUUGAAAAGGCAUUGAAGGUACAUUACAUUUUUGAUGAAGCAACCUUGGAUCUGCAUAUCGAGCUGCCACGUCUUCGAUUGGAAUUUAUUCUCAAGUCACAUUCAUCUGCGAUCCAAUCUCGACAGUAUCCCGGCAUGUCAGUCGAUGACAACCAAUCCUUCGACUCCUUGAUUGGGCUACGUAAUAAGCUCCUGCUCAAGGACGGUGACUCGCAUGAUCGAGUGAUCCUAAUACCUGAAGGGAUCGUGUCUUGGGCUAGAAAUGAUAAUCAUGUCCAUGUUGAGAUCGGCUGGCAAGCUGCGACCAAAAUUCAUGCAUAUUCCAUCGAUCAUCAUCUCGGGAGACUUCUGGAUAAUGGAAGCUUACAGAGCAAGCUAUUUCUCACAUACUUACAUGCUCUCACGUCAUUUUGCUUGCCAGAUCCGCUCCCCAGAAAGACAGGGACAGAGCAAGCGUUAUCUAUACUUCGGUCCGCUUCCCUGAGAUCUUUUGAUAGGCUUGAGCCAGAACAAACCGCACUUCUCGAGAAAAUAGCAUCCCUCACUCCUGCCAGAGAGUUCUACCCUACGAAUGUGCAAGAAAUGCAGAGAGUUCACUGGCAACAAGGCCUAGGCUGUCUCUCCCAACACCACGGGUUUCGCGAAGAAGUCGCGGCUAUACUGGAACAAGAUCGUCGCAUGGCAAUCUUCCGACCUGAGACAGAACUGAGCCACCCCUCACUUCCACAUGUGGAGCAAACACUGUUACUGCGCGAUCAGAUCCGCACGGCCUCAUUCCGCACCUCGGGCUUCGGCGCGGAGGAUCACACGGAGAAGUAUGACGGCAUCUACAAUGGUCUCGACAAGAGCCGCACAUCUCCCGAAGGAUCCCAAAGCUUCUUAUUGUGUAAGAUGCUUUACGACGAGAUCCCUUCUAUUCGCAGACUUCAACCCGAGGAGUUGACGUCACAUCUAUGGCAAUUUCUCACUUUAUCUCCCAGUGUACAGGGUCCCCACGCGCCAUUUGACACUAAAAGACUGAGGUACGAUGCUGAGUGGGUGUUGGAUUCAAAACCUUUCCUUGCCAGUAAUUGGUGUUGUAUUCACCACGUCGCAUGCACACGAAAUCACCGCUUCAGCAAAUUCCAGCUCAUGAGUUGGCUCUCGGUUCUCGCCUUCUCGAAGAAACCUGACAUGAUUGCCCUUGAGACAAUUGCUUCCAUUUUUGUGAUUUCGGGCCUCAAUUUGACCAAUCCGCCGUCUAGAGCGCUAUUUCUGCCAGCAGAGGGAUUUGUCAUAUCCCAACCUGACAUUCGUCGUCGAAUCGAAUGGGAACAGCGUCUAUCCACCCCAGAGUCGGAGCUUGCGCCCGAAAAAUAUGAGACAUAUCAUGAAUUAACAUCACGCAGGGACAGGCUACAGCGGCAAAAUCGCGGGCUGGUCUUGGAAAGUUUGUUGCUCCAUUACCAAAACGAGUGGCCCACCAGAUCACCUUCACACCCCUCCUCGCCAGUGAACUUAAAUACAAAUGAUUAUUUUGAUGCACAGAAUAUCUUCAUUAAAGUCUCCAAAUUGUUCAAUAUAUGGCUCGACAAUAGAGAUCUGAGACAAUACAUCAACGAUCUUGCGAAUGUCAUUUGCAGUCAACCGGUCGAACAGGUCGAGACUCAUUUAUUCCAGCUACCACACUCUACUCAGAAGGCACAAUCAAAACGUGGCUUUGUCCUUCUUGAUGAUUUACUUGGCCCUCAGCCAAUCCUCGAAAUUGAAGAGCCGCGAUUGAGUGAAUUUCUCGUGGCAUCGUCGUCAUUAAAUAAAGCAGCCCCCGACCUUUCGGCUUUGUUAAGCUAUUUGGGUGUACAGGCCAAAUCCAACUAUGAGAGACGGUACGUCGAACAGCUCAAAAGCAGUUUCACUUCUUUGAAAGAUGCCAGACAAGGGUACCACAUCGAUCUGGACCCUAGUAAAAUGAAGGCGGCGAUCUUUGAAUACCUCAACGCGUGUGUUGGAUACGUCGACAAAAUGAAUAGCGCUCUUGUGUCUCAACUUCGUCCCUCCACUGAGAAAUCUAGCUGGUUCAUAUCGAAAAAUUUGUUCAAGUCAAAGCUGGUCGCAACAGCCCUCGAAAUUCAGCAAUGUCCAAGGCUGUCGCCAAUCCUUCUUUUGGAACAACUGUCGCGCCGUCGAUGGGGGCCACUUGAUAUAGAUUGGAAAAUGUGUUUCAUUACUUACGGGUGCUCAAUUACGAAGCUGCAGCGGGCGAAACGACUUGCUAGCCUUGUCAAACACCCGGAUGAACUACUGAAAGAACUCCAAAACCCAGGUCAUACCAAUUGA